AUGUACUCGAUAACGUUCCAUCACCAUAGUCGACAGACUGUGCUGAUCAAGGACAAGUCCGCCAUGGUGACGACCGCAACAGCUACGGACAUUCCUCCCGCCCUCGUAUUCAAUGGGUCGUCCACGGGCGUUCCUGAGUCCAUUGACACGAUCUUGUCGUCUAAGCUGUCCAACAUUUGGAUGCAGAGGCAGCUCAUCAAGGGCGAUGCGGGCGAGACAUUGAUCUUGGAUGGGCUCACAGUGCGACUUGUCAACCUGUUCUCCUCCACUGGAUUCAAGGGGCUGUUGAUAGAGUUACAAGCGGAUGAAGAGGGCGAGUUUAAAGCCAAGGUCGCUGGUAUUGAAGCGUGUCUAACGGGAAUCCACGCCAAGGACUACAAAACUUCAUCUGACUCGCUGUCCCCGGAAGCGCAAAACGAAAUCUGUGAUUUGGCAUACCAGUACGUUUGUGCUCUGGAAUCCUGA